UAAGUCUGACAAGCUUCAGACUGCCAAGCGCCGCCCUCCGCCACGGUUUGUACUGGAGAAGGAAGAAGACAAAAGACGGCCGCCACCGAAAUCCGUCUACUAUGAGGUGAUCGAGAAGCUUCUAGCUGAUGCUUCUGCCCGUAAAGAGCAAGAACAGCGACAUGUUUCACCUUUCACUGGACUUGAAGAAUCAAUGGAUAAGAGGAGACCGCCACCCAAGUCACUGUACAAACUGGACGGAGAGAGUAAACGUCGUCCUCCGCCGAGAUACGUCCCAGACCAGGAUGCGGAUAAGAGACGCCCCCCUCCCAAGAGCGUGUUCUUGCGAUCCGGAAUCUACUCAGCGAGACCUCUUGAGGAUUUGGUAUCAGGAAGUUCCGAAGACGAGAUGAUGGACAGCCGACAUCCUCAUUGGGUGUACGCUGACCAAUCAAGACGCCGCACGUCAUCAUCAGACGGCUCACCUUCUUCCUCUUCCUUCUACACGUCUGACGAUUCUGAAGAAGAUGAGUUCCGCCCCCCUCCCUGGGUGUACGCCGAUAGAACGAGGCGCCGCAUGCCGCCACCAUGGGUACUGCAGCAAGCUAGGCUGUUGGAGGCGGAGAUUGAGAGGGAGGAAGCCGAUCGUAAUAAGUACACCACAGAUGAUGCUGACUGGGGGACUUUGGAUGAACAAGAAGCGGUUCGGCCACCAGCCUGGGUGUAUGCCGGAUGGGCCAGGAUGAACAAAGGAGGUUUGGACAAAACCAAAACAUUGGAACAGUAUGACGGCAACAAGUGGCGACUGGUUCCCGAUUACUACGGACGUGAGGUUCGCUCUGCCAAGGGCCGGAUUGGUACACAGUAA